AUGUCCGACGAGAAGACCACAACAAACCAGCUCGAGCAGACCGAGAGGCUCGAGGCCCAGGUCAAGUCUGCAGACAUGACCGAGGACAUGCAGCAGGAAGCUAUCGAAGUCGCACAAGAAGCUAUGGAGAAGUUCAACAUUGAGAAGGACAUUGCACACCACAUCAAGAAGACGUUCGACGAGCGCAAGGGUGUUACCUGGCACUGCAUUGUCGGCAGAAACUUUGGCAGCUUCGUUACACACGAGACCAAGCACUUCAUCUACUUCUACCUGGGACACUGCGCCAUCCUGCUGUUCAAGACUCAAUAA